GUCAUGCAGAUGCUUCAGAAUCAAAUUAAAAAGACCCAUUUGGGUAAAUGUGUUUCGAAAUCGUCAACAUCAAUCCACACCCAAGAAAAGCUAUAUAAAGAAGAAGAUUUUUAAAGCUUUACGACCAGUUUUCCGGCCAUCGGCGAUGCAAGUAGAAGAGAUGGACCAACUUGAGGAACUGAGAAGUGUGACAGAACUGGAACGUGGUCAUCUUCUGUUCCCAUCCCCUAAUACUCCAGCUUAUAUUCGGGUCAGUGGAUCUCGGAAAAAAGAAUUGGAAGAUGAGGUAGUGGAAGAUGCUUGUAGGAGUUUUGAGAAUUAUUUGCUGGAGAUGAUCGCGGAAGAAGGGAAAGUUAGGGAUUUGAUGGAUGUAGAAGAGCUUCUUCAUUGCUGGAAGAAUUUGAAGUCUCCUAUAUUUACUAAUAUGGUUUGUAGGUUCUAUGGAGAGGUUUGUAAGGACUUGUUUUCAGGUGAGUAAGAACUAAGAAGAGAGUAUUAAGUAUUAUUUGAUUAAGCCAAUUUGUGACAUUAUUAU